AUGAUAAGCAAAUUUAAAUUAAAGAAAAGGCAAGAAUAUCUAAAAAGACAAAAAGAACAGUUUAAAGAUUGUUUAGAAAACAAUAAGAAACUACCACAUGUAUUAAGAGAAGAUGCAAAAGAUAUUUUAGAUGAUAUAAUAUAUAAUGAAGAUAACAGAAAGGAUGAGUAUUUAGAAACCAAAGUAGUAGUAACAACAUCACACAAUCCAACUACUAAGUUAAAGAAAUUUGCUAAACAUUUAUCACUGAUAUUUAAUGGUGAGUUUAUAUUAAGAUCUAAGAUGAGUUUAGAAGAAGUAAAUAAUUUAAAUUAUUCUCAUUUAAUUGUUUUAAAUGAAAAUAAAGGUAAUCCAUCAUCAAUGAUUUUAUCAGAUAAAACCAAAUCAUAUCAUUUUACAGUAUCACAGUUAAAUUUUACAAAGAGAGAUAAGCCAAUGAAAGAAGAAGUUCAUUUGGUUCUCGAUGGAUUUACAGGAGAAAAAUUUGGAAAAGAUUUUUACAUGUUCAUGUCUUUAAUACUGCCAAAGUAUAUAAAAGAAACAAAAAAGAAGAACAGUAAAUUUUCAAAGAAUAACAAUAGUAGAUUGUUGGGACUAGUAAACAGAGAUAGCAAUUUGUUAUUUAGACAUUGUAUGAUUGAAAAUAGAAAACUAAUUAAAGAAUGUUCGUUUAACAUGAAAUGCUAUAAAAUAUCCAAUUCAGGGGUUGAUUGUGAUAAAGAUAUUUUAUUUAAUUUAGGAGGAUUUAAAAACGUAAAUGAUAAAAACAUUUUUAUUGAAUAA